AUGUCCGGAAAGGGUAAAGGAGGUCGUGGCAAAGCUGGCAAGAAGAGUGGCAGUGGAGCCAAGUCUCGCUCCGCCAAGGCUGGUCUACAGUUCCCUGUUGGCCGUAUCGCAAGGUAUCUGAAGAAGGGCCGUUAUGCUAAGCGCGUCGGUUCUGGAGCGCCAGUCUAUUUGGCCGCUGUUCUAGAAUAUCUCGUCGCUGAGAUUCUUGAGCUCGCUGGUAACGCUGCGCGAGACCACAAGAAGACUCGUAUCAUACCUCGCCACAUUCAGCUGGCGGUCCGCAACGAUGAGGAACUUAACAAAUUCCUCGCUGGUGUUACUCUCGCGAGCGGUGGCGUUUUGCCCAACAUCCACACUACACUUCUUCCCAAGAAGAGUAAAGGUAAGAGUUUCACCGCUUCCCAGGAGAUGUAG